CACAUGUUCUAUUUACCUCUCUCUCCCUUCCCCCUCCAUUCUCUCUCUCUCUCUCCUAUUGAAGUUUGUGUACAGUAGUCAAGGCUUGCAGUCGAAUCGGCCUAUCAUCCCUUCGCCGCGUAUACAAAUAAGAUUUACCAGCAUUCCGAUAACAUGUAUUUUUGGAAGUCUGAAGUAAAAUAAACAGCGAUUUUUGUUGUUUGGGACGGUGCGGUGUCCACUUUGCAAGUAAUUAUGAAGAGGCUCGUCUGAAGAUAACACCUUGUGUAUACAUAUACACCAUCGGGAGAACUGUCUUGCAACUGGAUGUCAUGUCCAUAUAGGCUGCACAAGAAUCGAACAAAAUAUAUAAUAAAAUGGCAAUUCUGACCAUUUCAUGACGUCACUCGCAUGGCUGGUACAACGAUCACCAUGCCUCAAGUACGAUACUACCAUCACGGUCGCUACUAUCGCCCAGCUCGGUCGAUGCCCCUCCUUCCUCCACUAUCGCUCGUACCAGCGGUCGACACAUCCAGUCACCAUAAACUGAACCUGGGAUGCCAUGACGAAGACGAGGCGAUCGCUAGGCGAUGGAGAACGACGAGGGAAAAGGAGUUUCGGUGGAUGAUUCGAUAUAUCGGCGAAAGUUUAACGGGAGAGAAUAUCGCCGAUAUGAGAUUCCUAUGCAGAGACCAUGUCCAACCACCGGAUGUCUUGCGGCAAGCAAUGAAAGGAGGUCGACUGAUGUCCAUCCUGGAACGACAUCGUCUUCUGGCCGAGAACAGUCUCUUCUUCCUCCAGACCCUCCUCUACUACAUCGCCCGUCCCGACCUCUACGAACUCGUCCUCGAAUACCGCACCAAGCGACAGAACGACAUGCGGAAGAUCGGCGUCGAGAUCAUGUAUGAUAUGUGUAAACCCGACGACAGGGGCAUCUCUAUGACCAAAGAACUCAAGUCGUUCCGGAAGAGCCUCAAGCCUCGAUCACGGUUCAACACUGUCGACAUCCAAACCAUGAUGAAAAGGAUGUCAGCUCUGAAGGCGAAGAUGAAGUCCAAGCUCCCGAGGACCAUCGACCACGGGUACACAGACUCCGUGAUGACCUCGGCAUCGAUGAGCGAUGAUAGUGAAUGGACGGAUGUCGAUACGGACGAUGAGGGUGAUAUCGAUGAGCUUGAUGAUGGGGAUUCUCGAGGCGACACAGAGGCAGGGAGAAUAGCGAAUCUUCCGCAAAUUAGUAAGACACUGGAUGGUGCGAUUAAGGCCAGUGGAGAGGAGUGCGAUGGAAAAGAGAGUGUGCGAUUGCCGAAAAUCGUUCCGAAGAGGAAGGUCGAGGUCGAAAUAAAAACUGGUCGCGAUGGCGAGGACGAUUCGGAGGUUGACACCGGCGAUGGAAAAAGCACUGUUGGAAGUAGCCAGUCGGGAUUUGUUGAGGAUUUGUUAGGAGUGGUUCGCAUCCCUGGACCUGUAAAGCCGAUCUAUAACUUCACCCACAGGUCUAACGAGUUCCUGGACUUGAAAAUCAACGGCAAGCAAACGUAUAACGACGAUGACGUCAUCGCGUGUGUCCGUGACGUCAACAAGGUAACAAGUGGCCGCAGCAAUGAUCUCGACAAAGCUAAUAAGAACGAUGCCGAUUUGGAUGCCCUUUCGAUAACGCAGGCAAAGAGCCUUACAACGACGGCAGUCAAACCCGUCCCCAUGAAAUUCAAAGUGCUUCGACGGAAAUACCGAAUGGAAUCCCCUGGCCGAAGAGCUCGGAGAAUCGUUAAGAGACACAAGCCGCCGAAACCUCUACCCCAGAUCAAACCAGAAAUGACCGACCACAGUGGUCUCAAAUCAGAAAUGCCCGACCACAGUGUUCAUCAAUCGAGCAAUUUAGCCGAAUUAGCCCAGAUUAAGAGAACGCACAGCAUACCAAAGCACCUGCCACAGCGAGUGAACUUUCUUCCCGAUAUCUACGACAAAUACGCCCGGAAAUCCGUGUCCACGGCGUCGACGAAAGUGUCGACAAAAACGCCGACGAGUAGAAAGAGCAGAAAAAGAUGAAAAUAAUAUAUCUUUAUUAAUUUGUGUGCUUAUAUUAAUUGAAAUUUACUACAUCAACAUCCGUGGAUCUUUUAUAUAUCGAGAUUUGUUAUCCCUUUUUAUAUCAUUGUUGAAAAGGGGUUAAUCCAUGAUUGACCAUUCUGCAAUUUCAAUAUAGAUUUUCUUUAAAGACUUGCACAGCCAUGUUAGCAUCCAUAUGUUCAUUUAUUUCAUACAAGAUUCAAGAGCAAUGUUAGUAGAUGAUCUAUCUUGUGAUAAAGGCCGUUCCGGGAAUCGAACCCUGAACUUCCAUGAUGUAGUCGAACGCCGAAGACCACUCGACCACGGCACCGGCAGAAACAGAUGGAAUAGGUACAACGCACCCCCCCCCUUACCCCAGAACACAUCAAGAUGAUCUAUGAUCCAAGUUAG